AUGCCGCUUCCCCACGUGCACGCACACCGCCGCUCGUCUUUGAGCAAUAAAUCCUCCGACAAUGAAGCCGAAGACGAGACCGUCGUCGAACCCGAGCAGGGCAAUGUCCUCUCUCACAUCAUUUCUCAACUUCGCCCCGGGGCCGAUCUAAGCCGAGUCMCCCUMCCCACGUUUAUCCUCGAGCCACGAUCCAUGUUGGAACGAAUCACAAAUUUCAUGGCGCAUCCGGAAACACUGCUUCCAAUGUCCACUAUCGACGAUCCGCUAGAGCGAUUUGUAUCGGUAGUCAAGUUCUACCUCAGUGGCUGGCAUAUCAAACCUCCAGGAGUGAAAAAACCACUCAACCCCAUUCUCGGAGAAAUUUUCACCUGCUACUGGGACUACAACGAUGGCACUCGAGGCUAUUACAUAUCAGAACAGACUUCUCACCACCCUCCCAAGUCUAGCUACUUCUUUAUGGCCCCUGAGCAUCAUAUAAGAAUUGACGGCACUCUCAAGCCGCGCAGUAAGUUUCUCGGAAACUCGGCUGCCAGUCUUAUGGAAGGCACUGCAGUAUUGCGAUUGUUGAACCGCGGCAAGAAUCCCGCCAAAGGCGAGCGAUACCACCUGACACAGCCUAACAUGUAUGCGCGCGGUAUCCUUUUCGGAAAGAUGAAAUACGAACUUGGCGAUCACAGCUUCAUCAAAUGCCCAGAAAACCAUCUUGUGUGCGAUGUUGAAUUCAAAACCAAGGGCUACUUCUCUGGCACUUACAAUGCUAUUUCUGGAACGAUAAAAAAUGACCAGACGGGCGAGGUCUUCUAUGAGAUUUCAGGUCUGUGGAAUGGUGAGAUGUACCUGAAAAAUAACGCUACUGGGAAAAAAGAGCUCCUGUUCGAUGCGACUCACGCCAAACACACACCUCCUCUAGUCCGACCUCUCGAAGACCAGUCCCAACGAGAGUCUCAAAAACUAUGGUACAGCACAGUUCAAGGAUUGAACGCCAGGAACCAUGAAGUAGCGACGACAGAAAAGACCAAGAUCGAAGAUCAACAACGUGAAGAAGCAGCAAAACGAGCCGAAGGAAAUGUAGAGUGGCACCCGAAGCUCUUCCGCGCCGUUCGGGGUGGACCUGGCGGAUCAGAGGAGGGUGAAGAAGAUCUCGACUGGAUAAUCAACGCCGAAGUUGACCCCAAAGACAUCGAAAAAGCACACAAACAAAUCCUCGGCAUCUACCCCGUCAUCCCCGGCCAAAAAGCAUCCCUUGAACUCCAUACCUCUACUAAUCAACCAACUAUAUCAUCCGCAUCCUCGAAGUCGUACGCCCAAUCUCACGGCGGCGACCUGAUAGACUUCGGCGACGAGAUGACCUCUACUGCAGGAGCUGCAGCCGCAAGACCAGCCCAUGGGUCAUCGCACGAUUUACUUGGCAGCGACACUUCGACUGGAUUGAUGGCUCCAUUGCAACCCGUUGGGUCACAGAUAAAUCAUGAUCCACAUCCUGUGAAGAGGGUGGAUUCGACGACGGAUGAUGUGGAUGUAUUUGUUGAUGCGGAGGAAAAAUAA